AUGUCCUGGCGUUCUAAGGCAAAGAAAUUUGCAUGGCAGUUUUUCAAAAUCGAUGAUCCUGUAACAUUGAGGGAUGAUUACAUUGACAAAACUAUUGACAGAGAAAGAAAGCCUAGACAGCUCUCAAAAUGGGACAGAGUGAAUUUUCUUAACGCUUUCAAUUGGUAUCCUUCACAUUAUAGUGCAUACGAGAAGAGAUUCUUGUUAAAAGUUGACAUUUGCGUUUUCCUUUUCCUUGGAGCUUCCUUCUUUACUAAAUUCUUAGACAAUGUAAAUGUUGGAACAGCUUACGUUUCUGGUUUGAAGGAAGAUCUGGAUUUGCACGGGAAUGAAUUAAAUAUCUUCAACACAUGCUACUCAGUUGGAUAUGCGGUUUUCCAAGUUCCUCUAACUCUGCUGUUAACAAAACACCAAUUCUCUAGACACUUACUUCUAUUUUGUGAAUUGGCUUAUGGAAUGAUGACUUUAGCAAACGCGUACGUGAAAACAGCCAGACAGAUGUAUGCUGUUCGAUUUUUUGUUGGUGUAUUCGAAGCUUGCUCAACACCUGCUGCUUUUGUCAUAAUGUCGAGUUUCUUUACCGAGGAAGAGCUUUAUCAGAGAGCAGGACUUUAUGGGGCAUUUGGAACCUCAGGAUCUGCAAGUUCCGGGGCAUUGCAGUCCAAAGCAAGGGAGAAAUUGGAUGGUGUUGCAGGUUUGAGAGGUUGGCAAUGGCAAUUUAUUAUUGAUGCCGUGAUUACUUUUGGCAUAUUUCUUUAUGGUUUCUUCUUAUUCCCAGGAACCCCUAAUUCUUGUAAAAAGUUUUCCCUCUUCUCAGAGGAUGACAUGACGUUUGCAAGAAACAGAUUAAAACAUUGUGUUGCUAUCCCUCAAAAAUUCACGUGGAAAACUAUCAAAGAGACAUUGCUAACUUGGCAAAUAUAUUUUGCCACUAUCCUGUGGUCUUUGUACUCUCAAUGUUGGUACAACAAUUCACCCCUUCUUUAUAUGAAGAGCAGACCAGAACAUUUCACUACCACAAUGGUUACAAAUUGGAAUUCAUAUAUACACGCUGUUGGUGUUCCGAUGGACAUUCUAUUAUCACCUAUAGUCCAGUACUAUGGUAUGUUUAUUCCCGUCAACUUUGUCUUUGGAGUUGGCUAUUACUGUGCAAUUAUAUUGGUGAUAUGGAAUGUCUCUCAGCCUUUGAUUAUGUCUGCUUUUUUCCUAACAAUGAUGUACAAAGCGGCUUUAUCACAGGUUUUAACAGCUUGGUUUGCGGUCCUAUGCAAAGAUAAUGUCGAAAAAAAAGCAAUCACUAUAGCUUGGGCUCAAGCAUUUUCUUAUGCAGUCAACGCAUUUGGGUUUCCAUUACAAUACAACAUGAAGGACUCACCUAGGUUUAAGAAAGGGUACAUUGCAAAUCUUAUUCUUAUCAUAGCUACUCAUAUAGUUUUUCUUUUUGGAAUGUGGAUGGAUAAGUACGAUCUAAAGUAUUUUCCUAAAAUCUCAGGUAACAGGCAUACUGAGUACAACGGAGACGAAAUUAGUUGUAACGAAAGUAAAGUCGUCAGUAUUACUGAAAUAGAUGUAGAGAAAGAUGACAUGUCCAUAGACGUUCCAAAUAACCUCGGAUCAAUGAAUGAUUCUAAGACUAGUUUUUAG